AUGGCGGAACUCACCAUUACCGGCGCAGCUGGUCGCAAGAUCACACUCCCCACCGGUCUCUUCAUCGACAACACCUUCACCCCCGCAGAAGCCAGCAAAACCGUCAUAAUCGAGAAUCCCACUACCGCCUCCCCCAUCGGUUCCGUGUCCGCCGCCCAGACCUCCGACGUUGACCGCGCUGUGCUGUCUGCACGCAAGGCAUCAGCGACAUGGAAGACUACACCUCCCCAGGAACGACGCCGUCUGUUGAAUAAGCUAGCUGAUCUUAUUGAGCGCGAUGUUGAGGACUUUGCAUCCAUUGAGGCUGUCGAUGCCGGCAUGCUGUACAACAUGUCCAUGGGCAUGAGUGUUCCUCAAGCAGCUGAGACGUGUAGAUACUUUGCGGGCUGGGCGGAUAAACUUGAUGGGCAGAGCAUUGACUAUGAGAGUGGCCUUGCGUAUACCAAGAGAGAGCCAAUUGGUGUUUGUGCAGCUGUUGUACCUUGGAACACUCCUCUCAUGAUCACCUCAUGGAAGCUAGCUCCCGCCCUCGCAGCCGGCAACACCCUCAUCAUCAAAACCCCCGAGCUAGCCCCCCUCUACGGCCAAAAACUCGGCCAGCUCAUCGUCGAGGCCGGCUUCCCCCCCGGCGUGGUCAACAUCCUCUGCGGUCUCGGCACCGUCGCAGGCCAAGCGCUCGCCGACCACCACGAAGUCCGCAAGCUCUCCUUUACCGGCAGUGUCGGCGUCGGGCGCACCAUCCUCGCCAGCGCCGCAAAGUCCAACCUCAAGCGCGUGACCCUCGAGCUCGGCGGUAAAGGCCCUAGUAUUAUCUUCUCUGAUGCGGACUGGGAGAAUGCGCUUAUGUGGUCUACUAUGGGGAUUACAACGCACAAUGGACAGAUUUGUGCGGCGGGGAGUAGGAUUUAUGUGCAGGAGGAUAUUUAUGAUAAGUUCGUAGCGGAGUUUUCGAAGAGGACGAAAGAUGCUGUUAUGGGUGAUCCUUUGUUGCAGGAGACGAUGAAAGGACCUGUUAUUAUCUCAACGCAAAAGGAAAGGAUCAUGGGCUUCAUUGCGAAGGCCAACUCAGAGGGAACACAAGUCCUCCAUGGGGGUUCUCAAUCGCACGACUCAAAGGGACAUUUCGUCCCCAACACAGCAUACGUCAACGUCUCACCGUCAGCGAGCAUCAUCCGCGAAGAAGUCUUCGGUCCCGUCGCCAGCAUCGCCAAGUUCAAGACAGAGCAAGAAGUCAUCGAUCUCGCGAAUGACAACGUCUACGGUCUCGCUGCUUCAGUGUUCACAAAUGACAUCAGCAAGGCGAUCCGCGUGUCGGAUAAGAUUGAGUGCGGAUUGGUCUGUGUUAAUUCGUGGGGAAGCGUUAAUGCGAAUACGCCGUUUGGAGGGAUUAAGCAGAGUGGUUUUGGAAGGGAGAAUGGCGAGGAUGCGCUGCAUGAUUGGACACAGGUCAAGUGUGUCAAGGUCAAUGUUUUUAAGCUAUAG